GGGAGACGACAUCCGCCAGCAGGUUCGGCUGAGAGGCGAGUGGAUGGCCGUCUGAGAGAAGCAUCAGCCGUUGCAGCUUAAUGUCUGAGCAUGAGGAUCUUUUACAUCAAACACCAUGGAUAAAUACGUUAAGGUGAACAAAAUUGGAGAAGGAUCAUUUGGAAAAGCUAUUCUCGUGAACUCAAAAGAAGAUGGCAGACAGUAUGUCAUCAAAGAAAUCAACAUCUCCAGGAUGCCAAAUAAGGAGAGGGAAGAGUCAAGGAGAGAAGUUGCUGUGUUGGCAAAUAUGAAACAUCCAAACAUUGUACAGUACAAGGAAUCAUUUGAAGAAAGUGGCUGCCUUUACAUAGUCAUGGAUUACUGUGAAGGUGGCGAUCUUUUCAAACGGAUUAAUGCACAGAAAGGAAUUUUAUUUCCCGAGGAUCAGAUCCUGGAUUGGUUUGUGCAAAUCUGCUUAGCCCUGAAACAUGUCCAUGAUAGAAAGAUUCUCCACAGGGAUAUAAAGUCACAGAAUAUCUUUCUAACCAAAGAUGGAACAGUUCAACUGGGAGAUUUUGGAAUAGCUAGAGUACUAAACAGUACUGUAGAGCUGGCACGGACCUGCAUAGGUACACCAUACUACCUGUCUCCAGAAAUAUGUGAAAAUAAGCCAUACAACAACAAAAGUGAUAUUUGGGCUUUGGGCUGUGUCCUGUAUGAGAUGUGCACCCUCAAACAUGCAGGUGCUCUGCAGCUGCCCAGUGACAUUCUUGACCCUCGUACCAGGGAGGCAACACACCAUUUUGGAUUCACGUUUGCCACUGCAGAAAUGCCUUUUGAAGCUGGCAACAUGAAAAAUUUAGUGCUAAAGAUCAUCCGUGGAUCUUACCCACCUGUAUCUGUUCAUUAUACUUACGAUCUACGCAACUUAAUGUCGCAGUUGUUUAAAAGAAAUCCGAGGGAUAGACCUUCAGUCAGCUCUCUACUGCAGAAGCCAUUUCUAGCCAGAAGAAUUGAAAAGUUGCUUUCAGCUGAACUCAUUAUUGAAGAAUUUGGUCAUACAGUUCUACAUCCUGCUUCAAAGCCAGUUAUUACCAGUGCAGCAGUAAAAAGACCAGGCCCAGUCUCAGGAUCCGCAGGACCUGCGCAGAAAAUUACCAAACCAGCAGCCAAGUACAGAGUGCCAUUGACUGUAAAAUCUGCAGAGGCUGCUAAAAAGAUUUCUGAUAAGAAACCACUGAAGUACAAACAGGCUCAACCUACUCCAGUGAAGAGAAUGAAUCCAGUGGAAGAAAGGAGGAAAAUGUUUGAGGAAGCAUCCAAGAAGAAAAAGCAGGAACUGAUUGAACGAGAAAGAAAGCAAAGGGAACAGGUAGAAAGAAUCAACCGAGCCAGAGAACAAGGAUGGAGACAUGUGCUGGGUGUAGGUGGUUCUUGGGGAAGUGGAGAACAUAAGGUUCCGUUCUUUGGUGGAGGAGGUGGAGGUGCUGGAGGCAUUUUGCCUGCUCCAGCAGCUAACAGUGCACAACGCUACGAACAUUACCAUGCUAUUCUUGACCAAAUCCAACAACAGCAGAAAGAAAACAUUAAAGGUUUUGUGGAGAAAGAAAUUCGGUGGAAAAUAGAGAUGCAGCCUAAGGAGCCUGUUUUCAGGGGCUUGCCAGCAGCUGCAGGCCCUGUGUUCAAAAAUGGACCAGGUGGUCUUCACCAGAUGCCUGAUGCUGAAGCAGUCAGAAGAGAAGUGAAGAGACUUGAAAAUGUGGCCAAGCAAGCAAAUUCCUACAGACAGCGAGGAUAUGCAGCUGCAGAAAGGGCAAAGCAAGUAGAAGAAUUUUGGCAGCGAAAGCGGGAAGCAUUACAGAAUAAAGCACGUGGUGAAGGACACUUGGGGAUCCUGCAAAACCUGGCAGCUAUCUAUGGAGGCAGGCCCAUUUCAACAGGAAGAGGAAAAUCCAGAAGCAAGGAGGAAGAGGAGUACUUGGCAAGACUCCGACAAAUACGGCUUCAGAAUUUUAAUGAAAGACAAGAAAUUAAAGCGAAACUUAGAGGAGAAAAGUGUGACAGCGAUGGUUCAGAUGGGCAGGAAUCUAGUGAUGAGACUGAACUAAAGCGCAAGAAAAUUGAGGCACUUAAGGCUCAAGCAAAUACACGAGCUGCAGUGCUUAAGGAACAACUUGAGAAAAAGAGAAGAGAGGCUUACGAAAGAGAAAGGAAGGCUUGGGAAGAGCAUCUUGCAACAAAAGGUUUUAAGCAGCUAUUUGCAGCUACUCCUGUGGCAUCAGCUGCAUCUUCAUCCUCUUUCCCUGGACGACAAGCAUCAGCCAUAUCUUCCAAACCCCAGUCACCAGCCAAGUCCAGCACGCCUGUUAUUUCGAUGACCGCUGCACUGAAAGACGUGGGCAUUGAAGGAGAGAACCAAACAGUCAAGGAAAUGCCUGAGGAAAUGAGAAAACCUGGUGCUUCCAUUAUUCAGAAGGAGAAACAAGAAAUUCUGCGCAGGUUAAAUCAACAUUUUAAAUCUCAGGAAAACCACGAUUCAGAUACAGUGUCACACCAGGGAAGUGCUGAAAUGUCUAAAAAGAAUCACCCACAACCUGAAGAGCAGCUUGAGGGUGGGCCUCACUUUGCAGGAGAAAGAAAAAAGUGGGAAGCAGAGCCUCCACCUGUAAUUCCUCUUGCACAGCUCACGCUUGAAGAAACCUGCUCAGGGAUAAAGGCUCAGACCUCAGGGGAAGUUAUCAAACUGUUCCUUAAAGAUGAACCUCGCAAAGUGUGGGAGAAAGAACCUUCUGAUACCGUUUUAAAAGCUUUAGGGGAAGCAGAUCUACAACUUCAGACAGGAAUGAUGUUGGAUGCAACAUCCAUUAAAAAUAAUCCAGAGGACCCGAUGGCUGAAACUGACCAGACACUCACACUGGUCAGCGAUACUGCCAAUGACACCGUUUGUCAAAGAUCGCUUAAUGAAGCUAUUCAAACUUCUGUAAUUGCUACUGAACAGGCUGUCACAUCAGAAAUUAAGACAGCAGAACACUUGAUGGUGGAAGCUGUUCAGUCAAGUGAAAAAUCUAUUCCUGUGUUAAAACCGGCAGUGUUCGAUGACAAGAUGGAAGAGCUAGAGGACUUGGAAACCGAGGCACUAGAAGAAGGAGAGCCAAUGAGUAGAGAGAAAAUCCCUGUGGCUCCAAUCACUAUUGGUGCCUGGGAAAAAGAGAGCAACGCAGAAAGAUCACUAGAUGGUGCUGUCGCUCAGCCAGAAAAGUCAGAGGAGGAUAGGAUCAAAACAGAAGAGUACACUGAACUGGAAAAAAACAAAGUGGAUGCUGAUGGUUGCACCAGUGAAACCCCACAAAGUGAACCCUUUUUCCAGAAAACACCAUAUUCACAGGACAGAGCAGCAGCUACGUUGUCAAGGGACCCCUCGCAGGAAGAACCACCGGGGUCCAGGCAAUUGUUCUGGUCACUAUCACCAGCAAAUUUCAAAGGCAAACAUUCUCUGUUGAUUGGGCUGUCGACUGGGUUGUUUGAUGCAAACAACCCAAAGAUGCUAAGGACCUGCUCACUCCCUGACCUCAACAAAAUGUUCAAGACGUACGUAGAUGAUCUUCAUGCAUCAGAUGCCCCUGAGGAUAAUCUCGAACUAGAUGAUAUAGAAGAUGAGCCUAACAAGGAUGAGUACCACUCGGAUUCAGACACUAUAUUUGGAGAUGGUGAUGCAGAUGACUUGCAGGAGCUUCAGGCAUCGAUGGAGCGUCUGUUGCAGGAGCAGCCCAGUGAAGAGUUCAGUGAAGAGGAGGAGGAGGCAGCUUCCAAUUCAAGCCCUCCUGAGGAAAGUGUUUAUAAUGCAGAAUCCUCAGUGAAUGGAGCAGAUGGGGAAGAUGAUGAAAAUCCAGCAAGCAGCAGUGACCAAAGUGGAAUUCAUGAAGAGUGGCAUUCAGAUGACAGCGAGGAAGAUGUUGCAGGCGAAAGUGCUGAGUUUGACAGCGUCUUCAGCAGAUUGGAGGAGCUGCGAAUGACACUAGAGCAAGAGAUGGGCUUUGAAAACUUCAUUGAAGCUUACAACAAAAUCAAGCUUUGUUCAAAUGGCUGCCAUGGUGCCUGCCUCCUGCUGAGACAUGAGUCCAAGGGACACCAACUUUGCAGUUCAGAGGCAAUACACGAGGAUGAAGAUGAGAACAUUGACAUAGGGACUACAAUAGUGCAAGUCAUUCUGGGUCCUCAGUUUGAGCACCUAUAUUCCAAAAUUCUCCAUCUAGUCAUGGCAGAUGGAGCAUAUCAAGAAGACAAUGAUGAAUAAAAUCAGUCACUCAGGACAUGUCUGUUACAGAAUUUUUUUAACAUACAAGCGAAUGCCAUCUUUGAACUCUUGGACACUAGUCAUAUGGAUGCAAGGUCGGCCACUCGGAAGUUACAGUACAGCAUAUAUGAGUCUGCAUGGUAUGCGGUACAAGAACGUGGUUUGAUUUUUGUCCUUUCUCCCCCAGGAUUAUAUUCUGUGUUGCCUUUAUUUUUUGGAAAGUUUCUGAAAUGUAUUGCCUUUUGUACUUAUGGGUCUAGCUGCUGAAGAACGGUAUGCAUAUAUAACAGAAUUCUCCAACCAAAGUACUCCCUUGGAAGCCCAGCAGUUAAGAGUUGCAGUGUUGAAAUGGAACGGAUUAUGAAGUCUAUUAUAUUUCUAACUCUGGAUAUUUUCACUUGCACAAGGGCUGACCUGUUGUGCAGGCCUCUUUUCCACUGAUCCCAAAUUUCAUGCUGCAAAAACACUAACCUGCAAGUAGACUUUUAAGUUGUAAUAUAGGUGCAAUUUCUUGUACAGUACUUCAAAGUACAAAGUUCAUACAAAUGUAUUAUAUCUUUGUAAUUACUAGGAAUAAAGAUUCUUUUAUAAAUUAAAAA